AUGACGACAGUGACGUUUACGGAGGAGAAUAAUGAGAUAGUUUGGCAACAGUCUUCAGCGCAGGCGAAAGGAAUGUUGGAGUACUGGACAAAACAGGCGGAACAGCCAGUUCGAUCGACAUAUUUAGAUACUAAGAGCUUCACGCUUAAUGUUCUUGCAGCUGUGAUGUUCAACGAAGUGUACCCAUUUGAAGGUCAGAAGGUUGAGAAAUGGGAUGCUCCGCGACUAGUGAAAGCUCGUGAGGAGGGUGAAGAAUCGAACACAGAUAUUACAACCAUUGACAAAACAUCGUAUAAAGGAAGAAAGACGACACUUACGAAGAAAGGGAUCUCAAGUCAUCUAUUCGUCUGCGCUUUUGCCGGUAAGGAUACAACAGCUAUUACGCUCACCAGCUUACUUAUCCAUCUUGCUGCGCACCUCGACACUCAAGAUUGGAUUUCUCAGGAGACAAACUAUCAUCUACGCACAGAUACGAAUGUAGAGUCCUGGAAAUACGAAACAUACUUUCAAUUGAAGCGCUGUAGAGCAGUUAUUUUCGAAACUCUUCGUAUUUGUCAUCCUUUAUCUCAACUCGUGAAAACUACUGGUUCACAAGAGAUAAGUCUUGCAGUUGAUGGGAAAAUAUAUCUUCUUCCACCCCAUACUACUGUACUUACAUCGUUUACCUCCGCUCCCGUUGAAAAUCCUAGCACGCAAGACUUUGACAAGGAAAAAAUCGAAGCAGAUACGUCGCAUCAUUUCAUGCCCUUUGCGUGGGGUCAACGAGUAUAUCCUGGUAAGAAAUUUGCGCAGGUAGAGCUAGUUGCUGUACUAGCUGUAUUAUUCAAAGACUGGAGAGUUGAGAUUAUCCCCAAUGACGGAGAGACUGGUAAGCAGGCAAGAGAGAGGGCAUGGAAGAGUAGUUUGGCGGUUGAUCAUGAGAGACAUAUGUUGCAUGUAAUGUUUGAUCCGGAGAGUGUGGGAUUGAGAUGGGUUAGGAGAUAA